AUGGCCUCCCCUUACAACCUCCGCAAGGUGGCCGCCGCCAACACGCUCGAGCACCGCGUCUACAUCGAGAAGGAUGGCGUCCCCGUCUCGCCCUUCCACGAUAUCCCCCUCUACGCCAACCAGGAGCAGACCAUCCUGAACAUGGUUGUCGAGAUCCCCCGGUGGACCAAUGCCAAGCUCGAGAUCUCCAAGGAGGAGCUCCUCAACCCCAUCAAGCAGGACAUCAAGAAGGGCAAGCUCCGCUACGUCCGCAACUGCUUCCCCCACAAGGGCUACCUGUGGAACUAUGGUGCCUUCCCUCAGACCUGGGAGGACCCCAACGUCGUCCACCCCGAGACCAAGGCCAAGGGCGACAACGACCCUCUCGACGUCUGCGAGAUCGGUGAGCUCGUUGGCUACACCGGUCAGGUCAAGCAGGUCAAGGUCCUCGGCGUCAUGGCCCUCCUCGACGAGGAGGAGACGGACUGGAAGGUCAUUGUCAUUGACGUGAACGACCCCCUGGCCCCCAAGCUCAACGACAUUGAGGACGUCGAGCGCCACCUGCCCGGCCUCCUGCGCGCCACCAACGAGUGGUUCCGUAUCUACAAGAUCCCCGACGGCAAGCCCGAGAACCAGUUUGCCUUCACCGGCGAGUGCAAGAACAAGAGCUACGCCAUGGAUGUCAUUCGUGAGUGUGGCGAGGCCUGGGAGCGCCUCAUCACCGGCAAGACCCCCGCCGGCGGUGUCUCCAUUGCCAACACCACCGUCUCCCGGUCCCAGGGCCGCCUGGCGCCUGAGCAGCUGCCUGCUCUGCCCCCUAACCAGGACCUUCCCCCGGAGAAGAUUGACAGCUCCAUCGACAAGUGGUUCUUCAUCAGCGGUGCUUCGGCUUAG